UCCCUCGGUCUCUGAAGUGAUCUCUCUGUACUUGCUCACUUUUUUCUUCCUGUUCGCCUUCCUUCUUCCUUUACUUUUGCCCCUUUUUUUCCUGCGGAGCACCGAAAACCCUAACGAUGUCAAGCGAUCUUUUCAGUUUCCGUUUGUUAAUUCACUAGAUCUGAGGUGAAUUACUUCGUUUCAAGAUCAGGCUGCUAGGUCUUUGGCUUGAGUUAGCUUAACUGAAAAUGGAGGACUCAGUUGCACAAUCAACAGAAGGCUUUGUUGAAAAGCCCCAGAAUUUAGAGAAACAAUCCUCCGGAAAUGCAGCUGAUGGUACAAAAAAGGGUACGGAGUCUGCAAAGACUGGUGUCACUGAAGCAUCAUUGUUAUUAGCACCAGCAGCUUCAAUUAUAAAGAAAACGGAAUCUACAGGUGGAGUUACUUUAAGUUCAAGUCUAACAAAAGCCACAGUAUCUUCUUCAUUACGGAAUUCAAAGUCAAUUUCGGUUACUAGACGAAACAGCACCGGAGGUGCUUCUGAAAAGUCAUCUACCUCCACUACAAGAUCGGGAAGCAAUAUUAGUACAACUUCAGGCAAAAAAACUACCAUUCGUUCAGUUGUAGAACCAGUCAGGCGGUCUGCUCCAGAGCUUAGGAGGAGUUCAUUACCUUCUGUUGCUACAAAACCCACAUCCAAAGCAAGCCUUUCUGAGACUAGGAAGUCAGUUCCUGUGUCAUCUGCAAAUCGGAAUCUGACAACAUCAACUGGGUCUUCGAUAAAUAAAUCAGAGACUGUCAAGAAGUCUUCAAUUAGGCCAACAUUAUCAGUCUCUUCAUCUUCAAAAAAAGUUACAACUUUAUCACCGGACAGUAGUAGCAGCAGCUCAACUAGAAAGACCGUUUCAAAGAUUUCCUCACCAUCUGCUCGAUCACCAUCAUUUUCUGGUGGACUGAGAGCUGGGGCAUUGUCUUCAUCCCUUGAUCGGAGUUCCAAUUUAUCUGGCCGGAGGAAGCCUACAACCCCAGAAAGCCGAGACUCAAGAUUAAUUGUUCUUCCACAGGUGGAGAUGAAAGCUGGCGACGAUGUGAGGUUGGAUCUUAGGGGCCAUAGGAUUCGCAGCCUCAACGCUAAUGGCUUGAACUUGUCGUCAAAUUUAGAGUUUGUUUAUCUCAGAGAUAAUCUCUUAGCUACACUGGAAGGUGUUGAAAUACUGAAGCGCGUGAAGGUGGAUUUCUUCGGGAUUGUGCAUAAACUGACUUAG